AUGCGUAGUCAUGCAAACCAAGCACUAACUGCGGCUUUGGAUUUAUCGCUUCAUAGCCUUGAUGAAACGUCAACAGAGGCGGAGCGCCGGACAUGGUGGACUGCGAUGCUGGUUUCGUAUUUAUCGUCUAUCGACCACCAAGCCCCGUGGUCAUUAUUCCUAGAAGCUGAACAAGGGCUAAUGUCCGUUCCGGAGCUCUUGAACGAGACUUCAGGGGACCUUUUGAUGAGCAACUCAUCAUCUGAUUCUCCUGCGGAAAUCACGCGAAUUCAAUCACAUCUUUCAAGCCUGAUUAAGAAGUCUAAUCUUCUUUCGCGCCUCCCGUGCAAGGAAGGGCCUGACGCUUUUGCCUUGAGGAACAUGCUGUCAAUUUCAACGCUUUUUAUUCAUUGUGCUCGCAUACGAUUACAUCGAGCUCGUGCUUUCAUGGAUAUUCCCAUGUUUUUGAGGAAAUACUGCGACCUUUCUGGAAUCGAAGACCAAGGAACAAGCACGGUUACGUCCAUGUAUUCCGACGAUCGCGACUCAAACUUCCCCUUUACAAAAGAGGAAUCAUCUCUCACCUGCCUCAAAUCUGCACUAGCAAUAUCUCGUGGCAUCGAAAGCCUGACGCAGGCUCCAUCAAGUCCAGACCUUUCCCAGUGGGCAAAUGUCGACAAUGCAGCAAUGACAGAUGACCCAGUGGCCGCGUUAGUGUCAGGGAAUUUAGCAUCAUGUCAUUACCUUCUCAAUAACCCGGAGGCGGACUCGGAGAUUCAAGAUACAGAACGGUCAAUGCGGGAGAUUCGACAUGGACUUCAGUCAAUCCUUGGCUCAAUGAGAGCGGCUCAGAUGUUUGAAGGUGUGGAUAGCAUGAUGAGAGAGGUUCACAUUGCGUGCAAAUUGGCCUUUGGGGCGUUUAACUCUGAUUCUUAA